AUGUGCAACUUCACGCGUGACAGAAAUUGGGCCAGCGGCGAGUUUGUUCAGAACACUCCUGUGCCCACCGGCUAUGAAAUAGUGGGAGCCGUGCGGAACGAGAAUGCCGCUUUGUGGCGGAUUUACCAGGUAUCCAAGGAAGUCAUUCGCCUGGAUUGCAUGAAGCCAUUGAAGGAAGCUCCCUUCAAGAAGUGGACACCUUUGACCAUGGAGGCAGGUAAAGGGCUUGAUUGGAGCGACAUGGACUAUUGUGAUGAUGCCAACGAGUGGCUUCUCUUCCAUGCAAGUAUUCCUGAGGCCCUCUCUGCCAUUGCUCGCACGGGAUUUACCAUGGCAAAGCUGGGUUCUGGUGGUACCACAGGAGGAGGUGGUCUCUACGGUGAUGGAACCUACUUCGGAGAUUCCAUUACAAAAGCAGAUGAAUAUGCUCGUCGGAAGGAUGCAGGUUGUUCGCACCCGGAUUGCUGCGUGAAGGACAAGGGGCCAGAAGGGACCAGAGAGGUGAAAGCGCAGAUCUUGCACUUUGACUCUCCGAGCUUUUUGGAUUGGCAAGCCAAAUUUGCACUGCGUGCCUCCGCAGACAUGACCAAAUUGGAUGAAGAGGAGAUGCAAUCUGUCCCUGUUGCCUUGCUCUCAGGGAUGGAAGUUGAAGCCGAAUUCGAGAGACUGCUGGCAGAGGCAGAUGGUGUGAAUUUGGGUUUGCUUGUGGGUUUGUUGGAAGGCAGCCUGAUCAUCACCACCGGUUUUGCCUACGCACACCUCCUCGCAUUGCUGGUGGUGAACCUACGUCAAGCGUCUGGCUAUGAACGCUUGCUGGACGAAAAAGACCCAGAAGAGGUGGAUUACAAGGUGAAUGUCGGACUGGGAGGUUCUGCCGUUUUGGCGAUGCUGAUUUUGCAGAUCAUCUCUGGCAUCGUGGUGUGGCAGUUCUCCUAUCACCGUCUCCUGAUUGUUUCCACGGUUUUCGGCAUACUUGCUGCAGCGUUUGGUCUUGCGAAGAUCUUCCCCAAGCUUGUGAAUGGAGUUGGGCCGUGUCCCUGUUGUUCCUGCUUUUUCUGCUCCGUGAUCGUCUACAUCAUGACAGCAAUGCUUGUGGUGGUGGCUGGUUCUCUUCCAGAUGAUCCCAACUUCCUUCUUGAAAAGAGCAGUUUUUCUCCAGCGCCCAACGCAUCCCACUUUGAUGUCAAUCACCAAGCACCGGGCGUGCUUGCAGGCUUUGGAGCAUACCCAAUUUGCAACAACAUGCAGUGGGACAGCCUAAAACCUACAAAGGGCUCCCAGCUCACAGCUCUUGAUCUCCUGGUUUUUGCACAAGCAGUGUAUUUCGGGCCUCGAAAAGAUAUUCAAGAAGAACUGGACAACGCCACGUUGAACACUGAGCUCUAUCCAGUGACUAUAGAUUCCAUCCAGGAUACAGGAGAAGUUGGUCGCGUUGGCGUUUUCAGCAUGUCCAACGUGAAAACGCGUGUGAUUGCCAUCCGUGGCUCAAGUCAAGCUCCAGAUUGGACCUUCAAUUUGGACGUUUGGGGUCCUGGAGUCUUCCACAGCUUUGUGAAGACAGCGUUUCCCUUCGGCAGCUUGGUUCCCACCACCUUUGCGAAGAGGAGGCUCAGUGUGGACGUCCGUGAGCUCUUGGGAUUGGAUCCUCCGUGGGUUCGCAUCGGAAAGCAGAUCCAAGCGGCCAAAGAGCUCAGCGAGAAGGACGACACGCCUUUUACUUGCUGCAUUCUGCAGCCCUUUUUCAUGAAGCCAAGCUCAGAGAAGCUUGAAGGGUCGAGAAACCCACGACAAGACCACGAGGUCACUGGAAAAGAAGGGUGUUCAGCUUCUGCACACACCGGGAUUUCCGGUCCUGUAAUUUUAGACCUUCUGCCCGUUUCCCUUUCAGCACACUUGGCUUCCUGCGUUGAUAUGUUUUUUCGAUGUCAGGAUGGCUACAACUUGAUCCUCACUGGGCACUCCUUGGGUGGUGGUCUUGCACAAGUCCUCGGCAGUUUGGAGAGAAUCCCUACACUGGUUUGGAUGCCUGUUGGUGGUGCCUUUACCGCCUACCGCACUUUUGGCUUUGAGGUCAAUGAGCUGCCAUUGGAGAACAACAUUGUCGCAGUCGUUCCUUGGGGGGAUCUUGUCCCUGUACUGCUGGAAUCACUUGAUGCAACAACGCAGCACGUUGGUUGCACAACGUCACCUGGUGCUUGCCAUUCUUUGUCGCCGCUGCUUUGCGAACUCUACCGCAAAUGCGGUGAUCCGCGGGGCCGAAAUGUCCAGAAGACCUGCAAGAAAUUCAUCGGUCCGGAUUGGCGAGAUAUCCCUUGGAAGCGCUUCAUUUGGCACACCUUUUUUUGAGCACUGCCUUGCUGCCUGGCUAAUGCUAGACAGUUUCUUUGAGUGCCUGGCCAAAUGGCCCAGACUUGGGAAAUCGCUUGAAAAGAAACUCCACAGGUUUCUUGCACGGG